AAAAAAAAAAAAAAAAUAGAGGGGAAUCUUGUUGCGAAAUAUUAAUGCAACAAUGUGGAAAGCUUAACUACUUGUUCAGUUGUUUCUUGUGCGUUGUAGAGAAGACAAAAUAAAAUAAUACGGCGGAAUGCACUUCAAAAAGUUUCUUUUGUUAAUUUCUAUGUUACAAUAUUGUGAGGGAACAAUUGAAAGGGAUUUGUUGCUGACACCUAAAGAAAGCCUUCAAAUACAUGGACGAAAAAUCUACUAUAACCCUUCUAGCUAUCAAAAAAAUGGAACAGUACCAUGGGAGGAUACUUUAAAGCACGUUACAUUUUUAACUCUUUUUGCUGAAGCUGCCAAUAACACAAACUUAGGUGACCUUCGAGAGUACAAUGAAUUCAUGAGCGCACCUUAUACAAGAGUUCAUGCAGAAUAUCCAAGAUUUGGAGAUAUAAUCACAAUGGCGCGGGGCUGGGUCGAAAAUUCAAAUGGAUAUAAUUUUAAAGAGGGCACAUGUGAGGAGCUUUGCUUCGAUAACGCUUUGGCAGUGUGGAGGGUUCAAAAGAUCAGACAUCGUGAUUCACAAAGGGCUUUUCGUUACGAAAUGAAAUUCAGUGUAACUCCCUUGGAUAAAAAUUCACUAUUACAAAACAUGCACACUGCCAAUGAACAAUAUAUUAAAUCGUUUAUUCUAAAAGACGAUGAAUAUCCAAAAAGCUUCAGUACACUGACACGCAGAUCAGACAGUUUUGAAAACUUUUCCAAUGAACGCCAGGCAAGGAUAGUAAAUUAUGAUUCGCGGAAAGACUUUACACACAAGCCAUCAUUGAAUAUCGGAGAAUUUUUUAAACAAGUACCGAAAGCCUCAUCUAAAGUCGGGUAUUUAUCAAGCUCUAGAAACGACCUACCUACAACCUACAGACCUAAUUAUAGAGUGCCAUUCGCUAAACCAGAAGUCUACGAAACCCCAAAUAAGCCUAAGACUGUUGUCACACAUCAUUUUCAUCAUCACUAUUUUAUGAAUGAUGGAGAAAUUUCAUCGGAUCACGAUCAGGAAAUUUUACACAGAAACUUAGACGCCAUUCAUAUCAUCGAACCUCCAAACGCUAAAAUUUUAGCACCCCGAUAUGUUUUGACAACUACUACAACUGAGGCACCAACGGCACAAGAAGUGUUUUACAUGCAACAAAUUCCGUUGUAUAUUCAAUCUUUUCCUCAAGAAAAGACUACAACUCGACCAUUUAGACACAGUGAACAACAAUUCGAAGAGAUACGUUACUCCGAGCCAGAUCCGUUGUACGAAAAUUUAGAUAGUGUUAAGAGCGAUAAUGCAAAUAAUUACAAGCAUUUGGCCGAGCCUUCUUCUGAUCAAUCUCAAGUGGAAGUUGAACUUCCUAACUCACAAAUAGAGAAUUCUAUUAUUGAGCAAUUUCCACAAUCGGCUGAAGAUCAGGGCACACAUAUUCCCUAUACUGUGAAAAAGCAAGACAACACUACAAUAAAACCUUCCACAUUAUCUUCUCCUUCCACUCGAAGGACUCUCUUGCCAAAGAAUAAAUUCUUCGUUACCCCACAAACAACAACGUCAGCGUCGUCGGGAAACCCAGUUACAUUUGCAACAAGGUUAUCUUCAAAAACUCGUAGUUAUACACGCAGCACAACCGAAAAGCCUAUUUUAAGAUGGAAGCCCAAGCAAAAACCGAAAGACAAAGAAGUGGGGACAGAAAGUUUUGCAAUUCAAAGCAACACAGAAGGAAAUGUAAUAACAGUGACUCCCAGCAAAACAGAAAUUGAGAUUCUAACACAGAAGUCAGUUAGUAAAUCGAUCAGUGUUAAAGUUGGAAACCACUCCCAAGAAUUGCCCUUAAUCUUAGAACAAACUACUACGACAAUUUUCAGUGAAGCUGAAGAAUCCAGUGAUAUAAAUACAAAUGAAAAUGAAUCAUAACUUUAUAUUUUGC